CUUGCUGCGCAAAUCACACCUUAAACAAAAAUAUUUACCGUAAGAUCAAAAAGUCACAUUUUCGUGAAAAAAACGUAGUGGAAACCGCAAACCAACGCGUAACAGAACGAACGGCGAAACAGUUUAUGCAAGAUCUCACAAUCACAAUGACGUUACCAAUUUUACCGAUUAUUUUAAGCAUACUGAUGACGUUACAAGCCGCUAUUGUAACUCUAUACAUCAUUAAAUCAUAUUCAACCGAUAUACACGGUCAAUCCCAAAAAUGGUAUCCAAAUCAAAAACCUCACAUUUCAAGUCUGUAUCAUGAACAGCAUGGCUUUAUAACACACAAAAGAACAAAUCUCUUACGCGGGAAUCAAAUUUCAGAUUCCACUGAGGAGGAUAUGCCGGUGCUAUUUAUAGCAGUUAUAAGUGGUGGAAGUUUCAUUGAGAGAAGAAAAGCUAUACGUCACACAUGGAUGAAAGAUUGUUCUCGUAGAAAGAAUGUUGUAUGCAAAUUUUUCACAGACACUUUGAACGUUAAAGGAAAGUCUUUACCUAAUGCUACUAUAGACAAGCUGCGGCAAGAAUCUGCAGAAAACAAUAACGACUUAGUAUUGUUAAGCACUCCAUCGGGGAGGAAUUUUGCAAUUCGUUUACUAGUGUAAUGGACUGGGCAGAGGAUAAUUUCGAGUUUGAUUUCUUCUUGCGGAUCGACGAUGAUCAUUUUUUAUGUCUUGAUCGAUUGUUGUACGAAUUACCGUUUAGACCAAGAGAGCGAUUAUACUGGGGGCACUUACAUUGCGCACCAGGAGUGGUUAGGAUUGACGAAGGUUGGGUGAUGUUAACUGAAGAUCUAGUACGAACUUUUUUAAAAACAAAAUCAACUUUGCAAUGUAGUAGAUUUGCAGAUCAAGCAUUAGCAAUGUGGAUAUACGAUUUAAUGAGGAAAAAAAAUAUCCUAUGGUAUGGCGACAUCAGGAUAUUUCACCAUCCACCUGCAGCAACUAUAUCUGAAUUCAAGAUAAGAAAAGAACUAUGUCACACCUACUUGAGUUUACACGGUAGCUACCCAAUUGAUAUGAGAGUAUUUCAGUUGAUACAAGAACGGGAGCAGCAUUUCUACGGACAUACAUACGAUGUCCCGCCUAUUAUUGAUGUAUGCCCUUAUGAAAGGAACAACUUUAACUGGAAAUGGUUUGACCCGAACUAUUAUACGGAACCAAAACCAUGUAAACAAAAUCCAAUUUGGAGCAACGGAGGAGAGCUAUUUAUAGGUCGAAGUAUUGAUAUCAGAUACAAAAUAAUGGAACAAAAAGCUCAGGAAAACAGGUGGAGAACAAUGCACAAUACUACUAAAAUUCAGGAUAUGGCAAAGAAGAUUUAAAUCAUUUUUACCAUAUAUACAUUCUCUAUACAGUAUCAUUAAGUUAUACUAUUUUUUACAAAAUAAAGAAAAAUAAAUUAUACACUCCUUGUGAGAUUGUUAUUA